AUGGGUAUCCUCGCGCUGCUCUCCCCGACGGAACCCGCCAAGCAACCCCCGACGCCAGAAUCCCAGGAGCAGGCCGCUCAAGUCGAUAGUGAGCCGCCGUCGGUCAGUCAGUCCGAGUCUCCACCCACACCGGCGGCGCAGGAAGCAGUGGGCGACGAAGCCUCCGUGACAUUCCCGCCGAGCGUGAAUGAUAUCCCCCAAUCACCCCCUGCGGCAUCGGAUGAGAAACACACAGAUGACCUUACGCGAGCUCGAGUGCGGCGCUUCUCCUUCAAGACGUUCUCAUACGUUGAUGUCCAACCCAGUGAUGAGCCUAAUGGACACAAACCACACGAACUGUCGGCCGUUAAGGAACACGAGAAGAAACAGCGCGCUGGACAGGCUUUUACGAAACGGCUCAUCAAACCAAUAAAUGCGACAUCGAACCGGAAGGCGAAGCAGUCGGCUUUGAUGGUGCGGUCCCUGAUCAUAGGGCCAGCUGCCAAUGCCGCUUCACCUAAAGUGACGAAGGCGGUCGCCAAGCCUCAGCUUCGGAAGCUCAAGUCAGAGCUCAUGCGGCCCAAAUCAGCGAACAAAGUUAUAGCACAACUCCGAGCUCUCCCCGUUAUGGAUGAUGUGAUUGACAAAGAGACCAAGAAGCCUAUUGGAGUGGAAGAUCGCGCCAGGGGACCCAUACACGCCGUUUGUCUCGCGCAUACAGAUGCUGAGGCGGACGCGAUGCACUUCUGUCAGUUGGCAUCGGACGCUCAGGAUGAGCAAGUCGCCGCCGCGUCUUUCGGCGGUAUUACGCCAACAAGUACGUCGAUGGACAAACUGACAAAGAUGUUCAACAAUAUGCGUCUCGUGGAGCUGAUCAAGGCCCCGAAUUUGGGGCUUGGAGAGCCAGGGGACGGGGAAGGUAUUCUCGCCGGAGCUGUGCCAACAGCAGAGACAGUGCUCGAUGGCUUCAAACAAAUCACCCCGCAGCUCAUGGCGCUUGGCUUCGCAACAGGUAGAGCGAUGUUGCCUGACCACACAGAUGUAUAUCCACCCCUUGAUAGGAUGUCUGUCUUGACAUACUGGUGGGGCUUGGAAGUCGCUUUGCCUCCUCCGUCACUCCAGUACCUUUCGAACGCCCAAUCAAUAUCAAGCUCGCUGAUGAACUUCCUGUCCGCUAUUGCGCUGAUCAACAACGGCGUCCGCGAGAUCCUUCCUUUCGUCCGCUACAUCUCCCAGUUCGUCGACUUCGAAUUCAGCGCCAUCCAAGGGCAGGAUCGAGGAAAUGGAGUCGUCUGUGCGGCUACCUGGAUAAUGCCAGCAGCUAUGGUUCCUCGACCAUGGGACUUCCCAUCCCCGCCGGGUGAAGGUGGUCCGGAGGGAGAUGCAGCAAAGGGAGACUUCAAGGAACCACAAGCCGACAAUCCUGAUUUGAGAGACUUGCCACCGCUGAGCGUUCCUGUGGUUAUCCCUCCCUUGCCAUCCCUUGUAGUCACGUCUCCGACAAAUUCCAGUGACUCUCAAGCAUCGGUUUCGACGUCUUGA